AUGCUACGACAGUUACUUUGUAGGCGGGGGAUUCACACGGUGCCGAAAUUACCAAAUGCUAGCACACUAAUUAGGAAUGGUAUCCCCCCAAUUUUAUCAUCACAAGGUUUCAAUACUGUAUGGACGGAUUACCAGACGUACCUGUGUGACAAGCUCACGUUGGCAACUGCUGGAACCACUCUAGAGUCCUACUAUCCUUUUCAUAUUGUGUUGAGCACUGCGAAGAAGAGUUUUCAGACGCAUAUAUUUGACAUUGCGUCUGCAGCACACAACAACCAUCUCUUCAUUGAGAAUAUUUUGCCUCUGGAAGCGCAGAAUCCUGGGGCACCCUCUCAAGGGUUUUUGGAUUCUGUUCAAAAAUCAUUUGGAAUGGACUGGGAUUCGUUAAAAGCUGAGAUCGUUGAACAGGUGGAGGAGAAAUUGAUGGGACAAGGUUGGUUCUUUCUCGUGGAGAAUUCGAACAAAGAAUUACACUAUCUGUUUCUGCAAAACAACGGUACCCCGUACUACUUCCCGAAGAACCAGAUCUUGGACAUGAACGGUCCCUUAAACCUGGAGGAAUAUACGCAUUUGAGGGACGUGAAAAAGUUUGUGAGUGAGAAUGCCAAAGUCAAAGACUGGACCAUUCCGAUAAUAGCGGUCAAUCUGUGGGACCAGGCAUACUUGAAUGAUUACGGUGUGUCUAAUCGAAAACAGUAUUUGAGGAAUGUGCUGGACAAUUUGAAUUGGUCUGUUGUCAACAGCAGACUGUACAGCGAACAAUUGUGA